AUGCAAAAGAUUACCAGCAAGAGCAUCAUCAAAACCACUGAUAUUAGUAUCAAUGAUCUCCCUGAUCACUUGUUGGUUGAAGUCCUAUGUCGACUUCCUAUCAAGAAAUUCUGCUUGCAAUGCACAUCUGUGUGCAGACGUUGGUGUUCUCUCAUCUCUGAUCCUUAUUUUGCUGGUCGCUUUCUUUGUCUCCAAAGAGAUAAGCGAACGCCAAUAAUUUGUACUUUGAUAAACCACAAUGCAGAGGAGUUCCUUACUAAAGAUGUGUUUCAAAAGUUCAGGAGUUUCCUCAGUCUGAAAGAAGAUCCAUUUGUACUAGGGACAUGGAAUGACUUAGUGUUGUGCUGUGCAAGCAAGGAUGAUCAACAUGAUUACUACAUUUGCAAUCCAUACACCAUGCAACUGGUUACUCUUCCACGCAUCCCGGCAUGUCACGAGUUUGUGCCCAUGGGAUUCAUAUGUGAGCCCUACUAUAAAUAUGAAGAGGAAGAUGUCUUCUCUUCUGAGACCGGUGAAUGGACAGUGUCGGUUGUAUCAUCUCCAAGAGACCUUUCCUCGUAUGUUUUUGAUUGGAAUAAUAGCUUUGCCAACAAUGGAAUGAUAUAUUGGAUGACCCAAGAUGGUAAUCUCAUUGGGUUGGGCCCCUUUGUGAACAACAACAGUAGCAGUAGCAGCUAUGGUGAUCAUUUUCAGUGUCGUUUGAUUGAAUUUGAUAGUAUUGUGAGGGAGAAUUUCUCAUUUGAUUUCUUAGGUGUGUAUCAAAGAUAUCUGCGCAUGUGCGACUAUGACUUUGAUAAUUGUAGGCUGUUUGUUUGGGAGCUGACUGAAGAACAUGAUCAGCUGGUUGCCAAUGGACCUGGAAAAUGUGGUUUGGAACAUGGUAAGCGCUAUUCACUUCCGCGAGAAAUGAUUCCUCGUGAUUUAGAUGGUUAUGUUGAAUUGCUAACUUUUGACCCAAAUUAA